GGAAAUUUUUCAUUGUUGAUAUUCCGAGACGUAAUUAUAAUUACGAGUGGUCUAUUUUGGAAAACGCGCUUAAUGUUGCGCUUCUAAAUUGGUCUAAGUUGAGUCACCAUCAAUUACCGAAUAUCAAUCAUCUAUAUUUAUUUAUUUAUGUACUAAUAAUAUGGCAUCUAAAGAAUAUACAAUCUUUUUAGUAGAUUUAUCCCCCUCUAUGGGAUUAAAAUAUGCCACUAGAAAUAUUACUGAUUUAGAAUUUGGAUUAAUUUACGUAUAUGAUUAUCUUGCUAAUUUAUUAUUAAAGAAUAGAAAAUCAGAUAGAAUUGCUUUAGCACUUCAUAAUCCUGGAGAUCAUUUAAAUUUCGAAAUCUUAUAUGAUGAUGAACAAUUUACUUAUGAAAAAUUCAAACAAUUUGCUUCAAAAUUGAAAAUUACAAGAGAUAUUCCUGAUAAUAAUGAUUUAGUAAAAUCUGUUGAAUUAGCUUUAGAUCAAUUUAAACUGAAAAUACAUUUAAAAUUUAAACGUCAAUUACAUAUCAUAAGUAAUGUUGCAUCUACAUCAUUAAAUAAUUUAGAUGAAAUUUCAGAAUAUUCCCAAAUGUGUAGUCAAUAUAAUAUUGGAGUUUCAAUGAAUAUUAUUGAUUUGAAUUCACAAUUAGACAAGUCAGUUACUAAAAUAAAAAAUGAAACUGUUUGGCAACAAUUAUCACAUACGUGGCUGAAUUUCAAACUAAAGGAUACUGAACAGGUUAAUAAAUCAUUACUGGAAUUGAAAGUAGUAGGACCUCGUCUGUAUUUUCUGGGUCAAAUACGGUUUGGAACAGAUGUAGAAGCAGAUUCAGAAUUAUCUACAAAUUCAGCAAUUACCAUAGAUGUUCAAGCAUAUCCUGCUGUCAAACCCGAAAAUAUUAUUAAAGGUCAUGAUUAUAUUCUUGAUCCUGCUAAUCAUACAGUUCAUAAAGUUAAACGAGUAACGAAAUAUUAUAUCAAAAAGUAUAAAGGUAAUGAUAAUGAAGAAGAAGAAGAAGGAGAUGAUGAUUUAAAUGAAGAUGAUGAAGAUGAUGCUGAUAUAUUUGAAAAAAUACAAGUGGAGGGAGAACAUGAACCCGGUUUUAAGUUUUCUCAACGAGAUAUUAUUGUUAUAAAUAGAGAUUUACAAGAAAUGUCGAAAUUAACGGCUGAACCAGGGAUUGAUAUUUUAGGAUUUAUUAAGAGUAAAAACUUACCAAUAGCUUAUUUAACCGGUGCUUCAUCAUAUAUUGUUCCAUUAGGUGACUCACCGUCUCUGAAUUAUAUUGCAUUUAAUUCAUUAGCAAAAUCUUUAUUAGAUAUGGAAUCAUUAGCUAUUGUUAGAUUGGUUGUUUCAAGUGGUAAAGAAAUAACUUUAAAUGCUUUAGUACCCAAAUUAGUUGAAAUGGGAGAUUCUAAGUAUUCUUAUAUAUUUAUUGUAACUCGUCUUGCCUUUAAAGAAGAUGAGAAAAUGGGUAGAUUUCCAACAUUAAUAACUGAAUCAUCACAACAAGAAACUACAAAUGAUUCAAGAAAUUUCCCUUCCAAUGAAAUUAUCCAUGAUAUGGAUUCCUUUAUUAAUUCUAAAUCCUUAGAUCAUGAAGAUGAAAAACUAUUUACAGAUUAUAUUAGCAAUAGAAAAGUGACAGAAAAUGUUCAUACUAAUAUUAAUAAUAUUAAUAUUGAUUCAAUGUUAUUAUCAGAAUCACCUUCUGCCAAAAAAUAUUUACAUUAUUUAAAACGUAUCAUCUCAUCAUCAACUAGAAGUGAGUCUUUAUUUGACUAUUUGAACAAUGAUAAAUUAUUUUCAGAAUUAUCUUCUGAUGCCAAUCUUUUUAGAUUAUCCAAUAUCUUUAAUGAAUCUCAAACACCUGGUAAUUAUCUUGAUAAAAUAACUCAUCCAGAUAAUCAAGUAACUUUGAAAUUAUUUAAGAAACUUGAUACUUCAUACUUAUUGCAAACUCAAAAACAAAAACGAAGAAAAGUUGCUGCUUCAGCUUUUGAAAGGUUCUUUGAUAAAGAUACUAAACAAGAAAAUUUCGAUAGUUUCUUUGAUGUUGGAGAUAUUUUAAAUUAAAUAAAUUA